GAGUCUUUUUUUCCAGUCUUUUUUUCCAGUCUUUUUUUCCAGUUUCUUUAUCUCCACAGUUUGAAAAUAUAAAUCAGUGUUGAAAUCCCUUUUUUUUUGUUUCAUCACCCCAUUUUAUAAGAAUUUUUAUAAGAUGAGUAAUCCCCAAUCGUUACGUAACGUAUCCACCAUAAAUAAUGACAUUAGAAUUGCCAGAUCACCAUCAACUAAUUCAAUUUCAAGUUUUGGAUCAUUUAGUAUCCCCAACGCAAAUAAUAGUAACCGUCGCCAUCUGAGUUCAGUUGGAGGUCAUUCACCAUCAGCACCGCAACCUAGUGGUGAUUAUAUACUUGCGUCUGCUACUAGCCGAAGCCGAAGUAGAAGUAAUAGUUUUACUCCCAGUCGAAGAGUGUCGUUAGAUAAUGAGGCGCUGCGAAUGAAUGAGUAUCAAAGACAAGAUCACGAAGAGAUUAUUAAUUUGAUGGAAAAAGAACAAGAUGCUAUAGUGUUGAAAUUAAUGAAGGAAAUUAAUAGUUUGAAAGAAGAGAAUCGAAAUUUAAAAUUACAAGGUAAUAAUGCACCAAGUACAUCACCAAAACCAAUGAAGAGAUCACUCAGUUUGAAUCAUCACAACAAUAAACGGAAAUCAUCAGACUCGAUGUUUGCCCUCCCGCCGGUCACUGGGGGAGUGACCACCAAUGCAAAAACCAAAACUGAUGAAAAUAUCAUUUUACGUAAAGAAAAUGACUUAUUGCAAAAAGAAGUAUAUAGAUUACAAAAGGAGUUAUCAAAGAGAUAGUUAAUAAAUACACCCGUGCAUCAUAUCUUUGGUCUUAUCUGUAAAAAAAUAAACGCCAAAAAAAAAAAGAGCAAAAAAAAAGAG